CUGCAUUCCAAGCUAUAUUUUGAGUGUAAGGCAACGCUUAGUCCGUCUUUAGACGCGGCGCUGAGUGGACGUCCAUUGCGUGAUGUAUCCUGAGUAUAUUUAGGACCAUGGGCGCCGCAUCAGACGGCUUAGGUAUGGGGUGGCGCGCGCGCAUCGCCGCCAUGCGGGAGUCCCGAAAACUGGUGUUGGUGAUUGUCGCCAUUGCCCUGCUCCUUGAUAAUAUGCUGCUCACCACUGUUGUUCCAAUUAUCCCGGAGUUCCUCUACGACAUUCAGCAUCCGGACGCGCCCCUCUCCAUGGCGUUGGAAGACAUCACCACACCUGUACCACCUACGGCACCCUACUGCCCCUGCCUCAACGUCACCAGCGUGCCACUGGAGAACGUCACGCACAUGAACAUCACAGCCCAGAAGGAGGCAAGGCAUCAGGAGCUAAUACAUGAGACAGUAGCCGUCGGUGUCAUGUUCGCGAGCAAAGCCAUAGUGCAACUGAUAGCUAACCCAUUCGUUGGACCUCUGACACACAAAAUCGGAUACAGCGUACCAAUGUUCACUGGAUUCAUCUUGAUGUUUCUCUCCACUAUAAUAUUUGCAUUUGGCCGAUCCUACAGCGUGCUAUUCAUUGCCCGCGCGUUGCAAGGUAUCGGUUCUUCGUGCUCUUCCGUUUCCGGUAUGGGGAUGUUGGCUGAGAGAUAUCCAGAUGACAAGGAACGUGGUAACGCAAUGGGUAUUGCUUUAGGAGGUUUGGCUUUGGGCGUUUUGAUUGGACCACCAUUCGGCGGACUCAUGUAUGAGUUUGUCGGCAAGACAGCUCCCUUCCUCAUGCUGUCUGCUCUGGCUUUGGGAGACGGAUUGCUGCAACUUAUGAUCCUUCAGCCUGGAGUUGUGCGUCAAGAAACCGAUCCGCCAUCACUCAAAGCCCUCAUCACUGAUCCAUACAUCUUGGUCGCUGCAGGAGCAAUAACUUUCGCGAACGUAGGCAUAGCAAUGCUGGAGCCAAGUCUACCCAUCUGGAUGGCAGAUACCAUGGAAGCACGUCGUUGGCAGCAAGGUGUCGCAUUUCUACCUGCCAGCAUCUGCUAUUUGAUUGGAACAAACCUUUUCGGACCCCUUGGCCACAAAAUGGGACGCUGGCUUGCCGCCUGCUCUGGACUUAUUAUCAUUGGAUUGUGUCUGAUUCUGAUCCCAAUGGCCCGUAAGCUGGAACACCUGAUAAUCCCGAACGCUGGCCUCGGCUUCGCGAUUGGCAUGGUCGACUCAUCCAUGAUGCCGGAAUUGGGUUUCUUGGUUGAUAUACGUCAUGCGGCAGUAUACGGAUCGGUAUAUGCAAUUGGUGAUACCGCGUUCUGCUUGGGAUAUGCUGUCGGUCCCGCAUUCUCCGGCACGCUCGUCAACAGUAUCGGCUUCGAGUGGAUGUUGGUCAUCAUCGCAAUACUCAACUUUGCGUAUGCGCCGGUCCUGUUGCUACUACGUUCGCCACCUGCUAUGAAUGAGAAACAGAGUUUGAUUAUCAGCGAGAAAUCAUCAGUUCGAUACGUGAGCUACCAAAACGAGGAAGAAGAAUAGAGCGGCCAUCUUGUCCGUCACUUUGGUCGCCAUCUUGUAAGCCGCCCGAUUUAUUUUUAAUCUAUCAGAGGUAUGGAAGUAAUUUUAGACGUCGAAGAGUAUUUUACGAUUGUAUAUGCCUAGUGUAGCCAGCUAUGACCAAUUUUAUAUUAGCUUAUUACAAAAAAUAUACCGCUUUUUAUUGCAAAUGUGACUUUGACAAUAUUGUUUUAUCCCGUUUUGAUCAAUCACUCGUUGAUUUUGCACGUUUUAAUAAUUGGACCAAGAUACAAUAUUUUUUAUAUGCCAUCCUUAUGCUUGUAACGUAAGUAUUAUACGAUAGGAAUUGUAGUUGUCAAAUAUGAAUGCAUUAGAAUAAUUAAAUAUAUAAUAUAUUCAAGUAACAUAUAUCACGUUCAAAUAUUAUACUAAAUAUAAGUCCUAGUUAUAUAUAUUGCGUCAUUUGAAACGUAUCUAAUGGAACUUAUUUCACUACUGUAAGGCACACAUUAAUAUCUGCUUCGUAAAUUGAUUUCCCGCCAAAACAAAGCUACCAGCGCCUCUAACGGCGGCAGUUGAAAUCAUUUUACGAUUUUAUUUUAUAACAAGAGCGGCUAAAUUAAUAUUAGAUAAUUUAAUCGCCAAUAUUUCAUGAAACUAUUAAAAAACCGCUCCCUUUAGUCAGAAGUACGACAAAUUCAUGAACAUGCGAUAUAUCUGUCCCUAUUUAUCUGGUAAUAAUGAAAGAGCUAGAUAGUGUGGUGAUUAAAAACAAAUCAUAUGUACGUGCAUUUGUGGUGUUAAUCUGUGCUCUUAAAUCUUUCUAUUUACGUAUGGCUGCGUCAAGUAGAAAGGAAGAAGUGUGUUAAGUGCAUCGUCGUGGUUCAUGUAACAACCUCCCUCGCGAGGUUAAGACCCGGGGGCAUAUGCCCCCUUCGGGUAGUGUAUGGGUUCGCACCCUGCUGAUGCAGGGCGGUACGGGGGCGGUUAAUAUAGGCCUUGAUGGGGGAUGCAGCGUUGUUGAAGUUCGGUCUGUUGCAAUCUUUUAUAUCAGUUAGAUUUAACCUUAUGACGGUUUAUUCUGCUUUAGCCAGAUUCCUUGCAACAACUUGAAUCAGUCACGCUGUAUAACUUUCGACGUAAGAUAACUUUAUACCUUUUAUUAGAAUGUAUAAUUGACAUAUAAAAUGUCUAUUGUAUCUCUUAAUCGUAUAGCUUUUAAUCAAAAUAGAUCGUAAUCUUAAAUUAAAUAUGACAAUUGACAAAAUUUGACAAGUCAAUUGUCAAAGUGUUUCGUAGAAUUUUAUUCAAUAUCGUCGUCAUAAAUCAUAUAAGUAGACAUUUGAAUAAUCACAUUUACUUCCAUAAGUAGCAAUCUUUAGUCGAAUUCGUAAUGUAUUCAUAUUUGUAUUUUAGAUAUAUGUAAGACAAUAGCUGGUAUGGACCUUAUUUACUAGUAUAACCAAAAAUGUAUAUUUUUUAUUAUUCGCCCAAAGGGCAGGCUAAAGUCUUUCGACCAUAGUCAUUCUAAGUUUAAAUUUAAUUCCACAGAACGUUACCACAGAUUAUACAAGACUUGUUUUAUUAAGACAAUAUUUAUAUCAAAUUUGAGUAUUUCUAUAUUAUAAUGUUUUUAUAUAUUAUCUAGAUUAAGAAGCAGCGAACGCUGAAAGUGUAUGGUAGUAAUAAUAGAUAAUAAAUAUUUUAUUAAAAAUUUAAAUAGUUAAGAGCUAUUUUGUCGUCUAUAUACGCCUAGUUCCCAUAUUUUACCUACGGACCUUUGUAGACGCUGCGUUGAAGCCGUAAAUUGAAUCGGCAACUCGUGAUAGUUUUAGUGAU